UCAAUUGAUAGGGUACGAAGUUAUACAAUGAUAACUUUUACAAACUUAUGUCAAAGGAAAAGGUUACUUGUGUUUUUAAUGUUGUUAGUCUUUGGGAUUACAACAAUUAGUAUAACGUAUUCCUCUGUGCCAGUGAUGUCAAUGACUAGGAGAUUUAAACAAUUUGCAACUGGGUUGAGUCAGAUUGAUUCAAAUGGACUUGGGCAGGUAACUCGGAAUACACCACUGAACACGUGUGAGCCUACACUAAAUUCUGAUUGGUUGAACACCUCGAAAUUAAACCUAGCGGAGGAUAUAGAUAUAGAAAGGCUGAUAGAUAUGGCGACGAACUACCAGAGUGUCCAACCCGGAGGCAUUUGGAGUCCAGAAUCAUGCACGCCAGCUGCAAAGGUCGCUGUAAUAAUCACAUACAGAAAUAGGGAAUCACAUUUAAAAGUUAUUCUAAAGGUGCUUCACACUCUGCUUCAAAAUCAGCAGCUGCAUUAUGGAAUUUACGUUGUGGAAAUGGCGAUGCCAACUAAGUUCAACAUUGGUAUUCUUAUGAACGUUGGAUUUUUGAAAGCCAAAAGUGAGGAGAAUUAUGACUGUUACAUUUUCCAUGAUGUUGACCUUGUGCCCCUCAAUGGCGCGUUGAUGUACACGUGCAGACAAUUUCCAAACCAUAUGUCAGCGUUUAAUACCAAAUACUUGAAAGGGGAGACAAAGAAAGCGCUCCCAUAUUCAGCAUACGUUGGUGGUAUAAUAAGUUUAAAAGGUGAACAUUAUGAACAAAUAAAUGGGUUUUCAAACGCAUAUUUUGGAUGGGGAGGAACGGACGAUGAUAUAGAAAUUCGAGCAAAAAGGAACAAACUAAAAUUUGUCCGUGAGAAACCGGAAGUAGGUCGCUAUUACGCGCUUCCCCAUGUACUAGAUGGCGGAAACGAUCAAAAUAAAAUAAAAGGUAUUCUCCUGAAGAGGGUUGCAGCACGGAUGUCAUACGAUGGUUUGAACAAUGCAGAAAACUUGACUAAAGUAGAAAAGUUUGAACGAAGACCGCUAUAUUCGUGGCUCCUCGUUAAAUGUAAUGAAACCGAUGUCAUGGACAGUGUUCAGCGAUUCUUGUCACCAGCUCAUUGUCAUGGUUUGAUACGUUUGUUAUAGAUGUCGGAAAAUUGAUCAUUGAGCUAAUGUUUCUUGUUAUCAUAUACCCGACUUUAAAUAAAAAUUCUUG